CAACCAGGAACAAAAAGUUUGUUAACAUGAGUAAUCUGGAGAUAACAAUAGAAUUUGGGGGUGGUGCUGAGUUACUAUUUGAUAAUAAAAAAGCUCACAAUGUUUCGCUGCCCAUUAAAAAUAAACAAUGGAUAAUUGGAGAUCUUUUAUUAUGGAUUAAAGAAAAUUUAUUAAAAGAUCGGCCAGAACUUUUUCUUCAGGAUGAUUCUGUGAGACCUGGAAUAUUAGUUUUGGUAAAUGAUGCAGAUUGGGAGCUUAUGGAUACAGUAAAUUAUGUAAUACAGCCAAAGGAUAAAAUACUAUUUAUAUCAACUUUACAUGGAGGAUAAACAAAGCACAAAACACACAUUUUUAUUAUGUAUAAAAU